ACCGUUUUUUUUCGGUAACCAAGGUUUGUCUGGUGGCUAGCAUAAAUCACGUGUCAAGUGAACUUGUGUUGCCAAGUACUGAUCUGAUGUACGUGACUUCAGACGGUCACUUUCAACGUCUCCGCUAACCCUGAAGGAGUGUUCCAACAUGGCGCGGCGCAGCAUGAGGUUGGUGGAGUACGGGAAGCCCUUCCAGCUGAUGCAGGAGGAGGUACCCUCUGCACCAAAGGGCGGGGCUGUCGUCAAGAAUGAGUACGCAGGAGUGUGCCAUACUGAUGCCCACAGCGCAGAUGAUGAGUUUAGCGGACUCGCCCCUCUGAAGUGCGUCCUCGGGCAUGAGAUGGCAGGCACCAUCGUCGAUAUCGACCCUAGUGCCGAACUCAAGGUCGGAGACAAGGUGAUCGUGUACUGGCACGGCGGGUGUGGGGAGUGCAGCAGGUGUGAGGUGGGGGAGACGACUGCCUGCCUCAAGGACAUCAAACACUGGGCCGGGAUCACUGAGGAUGGCGGUUUCUCGGAUUACGUCGUCAUUCCCGACGCGAAGUUGCUGGUGAAGGUGCCUGACACGGUUGCCAUGGACGCGGCGUGCCUCCUGCCCUGCUCGGGGAUAACCGCCUACAACGCCGUCUGCAACAUGGUGCCGACAGUACAGGACUUCGCUAAACACUCUGCGGACUGUGCAGUACUGCUGGUGGGCGCUGGGGGGCUCGGGCUGUGGGGUGUCCAGUUUGCCAAGCAGCUUCUUCCUGCCGGAGUUCGCGUUCUCAGCGCCGAUGUGGACGAGGAGAAACUGGCUACUGCGAAAGCGGCCGGGUGUGAUGAAGCUCUUCUGUGGGGCAAGGAUGUUGAUGACGACACCGCUGUGGCUGCAGCAAAGAAAGCCUGUGGCAGCCUCGGCGCCGCUGUGGCAGCUAUUGACUUCGUCAACGUGCCCGCUACCUUUGGGCGUAUUGAGAAGAUACUUGUCCAGGGAGGCAUGCACGUAGUGGUGGGACUGCUGGGCGGAGACGCCCCCGCUGCCGUGCCGCUGAUGCCGUACGUGCUGAGUCGCCAUCACAUGGCCGGGGUGCUCAUGGGAUCGCUGCCGCAGCUCAAGGAUCUGGUGGCGCUUAUGGCCAAGGGGAACGUGAAGCCGCCGCCCAUUUCCCAUCAUCCCCUGGAAAACGUCUAUGACGUUCUGCAGGAUCUGAAGGCUGGAAAGGUCAAAGGUCGCGCUGUUGUUAAGCUUUGAAUGAUGGGAAAGCCAACGCCAAAGUCCGACCAACGAGAAAAGACCUUUCCCAACAUUCUAAUUUCAAUACGUGUAAUCUACACUGCAUACAAAUAUCUGAAGCUGUGUAACAUUUACCUUGUGUGAACAAAUGAUCCAGAAAUAUUCGAAGAGAGUUUCCUUUUAUGUCAUCCUUGUCUUCAGCAUAAUAAUGAAUAAAGACAACUUACAUGCUUUAUAACAUCA